AUGGCGGAUGACUUGGAUCAGUUACUGGAUGAAGUGGAGAGGCGGCUCUACCGCCUGCCGGGGCGGGGGGCAGCGGGCAACCACCGGCACUGCGACGGCGAGAAGGAGGAGAAGGAGGCCGUGGCGGCGAAGGAGGGCAGAUCGAAUAAACUGUUGAUGAAUACUGGCAGCAGUGAAGAAGACAUAGAUGAUAUUAUUGAUGAAAUCUUUAGUGACAGCAGCUUUGCCAAAACCUCUCUGAAAUCAAAGUGUACCUCUGCAAGUCUCACACCUGAAAGCAAUCAUCCUGUUGUACAGGCUCAUGGGAAAAGAUGCUGUCCAGUAUACCUGGGUGGAAGCUCUUCACCAUAUGGCAUAGGAACAAAUAUUUCAAAAAGAUCAUGUGAUCAACUACGUUGUACUGCUUGUGAUUUCCGUGUGUCACUUUUCAAUGACUACAUCUGGGAUCAGUCCUGUGAUUAUCUUUUUUUCAGGAAUAACAUGCCUGAGAUUAGUAAACUAAGAGCAAAGAUGAUAAAGAAGAAAGGAGCACGAGCAUAUGCUUGUCAGUGCAGCUGGAGAUCCAUUGAUGAAAUAACUGACCUGCAGACAGACCAGCAGCUCCGGUGGGUUUGUGGUAAACACACUGAGUAAAGUCCUCUUCUGUGUGGUACCUACUUGUGUGGAAACAGGGCAUAAACCCAAUUUCAUUCCCACACAGUUUUCUGAAGAACAGAUGGAAGCCUGAAUAUUUGUAUCUAGAAAUAGAUUAUAAGACCCAGACUUCAACCUGAAAACUGUUUUCACUAUAACGGUGUUGCAAGUGAUACGGAGAGUUGAAAUUAUUAGAAGAAACAACCAAUUUGGAGGCUUUCUGGAAGCUAAAUGAGGCUAAAGCUCACAGCCAGUAAAGUUAAAGAAAGGAAGAAGAAACUGACAGAUUUUCGCAUGGAGCAAAGCACCUUGAGACUGUUUCUCAUAUCUAGCAGAGAGCACCCUUUCUCGUAUCUGCAAAAUCUUCGACUCAAAAUGGUUGCUUGGGAUGCAGCCAUGAGACACAAGCCUAUGAAUUUCUGCACGGAAAUUAAUAACUGCUGUUCUGCUUUGCUCAGAGCUGUUCAUGGACAAGUGGUGGUAGAUCUCUUAAAAAACUACUACGAGAUCAUCUCUCACCUUGAAGGUUUCAGCACACCCCAGAACUGUUACUUUCUUUUACCCACCAAGUAGCCAAAAAUUGCAGAUGCUGGAAAUUUUCUUCCAUUUCCUACUGCUUUUUUCUAAGUUCUUUCUACUAACUGAAGGCUUUUACCACAGUGAAUUUCUUGGAUCUUCUUUUAGCUG